UAAAUAGAUGCGAAUCAGAUUGGAACAAAAUACUAAAAUAUAAUAAGAAAGGUGGUGAUAUAGUCUACAUCUUAGGCUUUAAUAUUCAAGUGCUUUGAUGAACCCUUCAUCUUCAUUUAUUAUCCUUUUAAGCGAUUACAUUUUAAGAAGUUAACUAUUUAGUCGGUGAGGAUUGGAUGAAUGCAGACUUGAUUUCGAGACAUAUUACAUGUCUGAUGAUGCCUCGGCAGUGAUAAAAUGUGAAUAUUUGCUCAAUCUGGCAUUAGAGAAAUAUUUAGGGAUUGAAAAAGAUUAAAUGAAAAUUAGGUAAUUUAUUUAAAAACUGUCUAAAAUCAAGCUCUUUAAAGAAUUAGAAAAAGUAUGUUAGAAAUAGAAUAUAAUUUAGUUCAAUAUACUUAUACUGUCAAAUAAAAAGUGGACAAAUGAA